CUGGAAUCAAGCUCUUUCUCUCUGGCUUUCCAUGGCGGUGUGUGGGAGCAGAGGCCCUACUACUAUGAGAAGAGACAUCCCGCAUUUGAGCUUCUUUGUCGCCUUUCGCUUCCUCCUCCGUUUCUGCUCCCAUUGGGUCCAUGUCUUGGAGCUUUCUUUGGAGUUUUCUUCCAUCUUUGCUGCCCGUGACGGAGAGAGAAUGCUGGGGAUUUUGAGGUGAUGGGGAGAGGUGGCCUUUUUGAUGGAAUUUGGAGGACUUUUAAUCUUUGGAGGAGAAAGCAGGGGAUAUCUUGUUAUAGUUGCUACCAUUGCAGCGAAGAUGAUUUCUGGAAGUUGUUUUUCUCGGCUAAUUGUAUUGUUCAUAAUCUUCAUCUUGAUCCCUAAUUCAAGCCAGUUGCAAUCUUCACAAGCAUGGACCCUCCUCAGAAUCCGUCGUCUUUUGAACUACCCCUCUGUUCUUAGUAACUGGAAUAGCUACACUAACAUCUGUGAACUGGAACAGAAUCCAUCUGUGACUGUUGUUUGCUAUGAAGAAAGCAUAACACAGUUGCAUAUCAUUGGUAAUGAGAGCUCGUCACCACUACCGGCGAGUUUCUCCAUCAAAUCUCUAUUUACUACUAUUGCUAGACUCCCAAAUUUGAAAGUCCUCUCUUUGAGAUCACUUGGAUUAUGGGGCCACUUGCCGGGGAAGAUCUCCCAUUUGUCUGCUCUGGAAAUUGUCAAUAUGAGUUCGAAUUUCUUGUACGGUGUCAUUCCUCAGCAGAUAUCUUCUUUGGAGAAUCUCCAGACACUUGUUCUUGAUCAUAACAUGUUUAGCGGUCAAGUUCCUGAUUGGUUAAGUUCACUUCCAUUAUUGACAUUUUUGAGCUUAGAGAAUAAUAACUUGACUGGCCGUUUACCGGAUUCACUUAGUAAAUUGAAGACUCUUAGAAUGCUCGUGCUCUCAUCGAAUAGGCUUUCUGGAAAUGUGCCUGACCUCAGACCUCUCACUAAUCUUCAAGAGCUUCGUCUGGAGGACAACCGCUUGGGACCUCAAUUUCCAAGUUUGGGGAAUAGGUUGGUUUCUCUGACAUUGCAGAAGAACAGGUUUACUGGAAGUCUCCCAUCUGAAGUAGCAUCAUAUUUUCUGCUCCAACGAUUGGAUAUUUCUUUAAAUAGAUUUGUUGGACCUUUUCUGCCCUCAUUGCUGACUCUGCCUUACAUUCAGUACCUGAAUAUUUCUGGAAACAGAUUCACUGGAAUGCUUUACGAGAAUAUGUCAUGUAGUGAGGGGCUUGAGUCUGCAGAUUUGUCAGCAAAUCUAUUGACCGGGAACAUUCCUGUAUGCUUGAUCUCAAAUCAUGACAACAAGGUUGUUUUGUAUUCGGACAAUUGUUUAGUGACUAAAAUUCAAAGUCAGCAUCCAUACGCAUAUUGUCAGAACCAGGCUUUGGCUGUGGGGAUAUUGCCCCAUGAGCAAAAGAAAACAUUAGCUAGUAACCCAAUCUAUUUAACAGGCCUGAUUGGUGGAAUUAUUCUUAGUGUUAUAGUUGUCUGUCUUGUGAUUUUUUUUGCUAUUAGAAGAGUAAAUGCAAAAAGGGCCAACGAAAGAUCCCCAAGAAGAUUGAUUGAGCAUGCUUCGUAUGGCUAUUCCUCAAAGCUGCUGGCAGAUGCAAGAUACAUCUCAGUCACAAAGAAGCUUGGAGCACUUGGUGUUCCCGCAUAUCGAUCAUUUUCUUUGGAGGAACUUGAAGCUGCUACUAACAACUUUGCAACAUCAGCAUUCAUGGGUGAAGGCUCUCAUGGACAUGAGUUGUACAAAGGCUCUUUAAAGGAUGGUUCUCUCGCGGUCAUAAGAUGCUUGAAACUGCAUAGGGGUCAAAAUUCCCAGAAUUACAAUCGCCAUAUUGAGAUUAUUUCAAAGCUUCGACAUCGCCAUUUAGUUUGUGCUCUUGGGCACUGUUUUGACUAUUACACUGAUGAUUCCAGCAUCAGCAGAGUAUUCCUGAUUUUUGAAUACGUACCAAAUGGAACAUUAAGAAGCAGUAUUUCAGCUGAGUCUGCUACUGACACUCAAUCUGCAGAGGGAGUUGCUGGUCAAAAAUUAAAUUGGACUCAGAGAAUAGCAGCUGCCAUUGGUGUGGCAAGAGGCAUCCAGUUUCUGCAUGCUGGAGUUAUUCCCGGUUUGUUUGCAAAUAAUUUGAAAACAACAAAUAUACUUUUAGAUCAGAAUCUGGUGACAAAAAUCAGCAGCUAUAAUCUUCCAGUGUUCUCUGAAAAUGUGAAAAAUGAGGUGGCUCCUGGCAGUUCACUCGAUGGAUCGAAGGAUGAAAGGACAAAGCAUUUGGAUAAAGUCGACAUCUAUGAUUUUGGUGUCAUUUUACUAGAAAUUAUAUCUGGUAGGGUUAUCACAUUUCAACACGAGAUUGAAAUGGUCGAGGAUGAGUUACGAGCAAGUAUAACAACUGAGGACGAUGGAGCUCCUAGAAGAAGCAUAGUGGAUCCUGUAUUUCCUAGAGUUACGUGUGACGAAUCACUAAAGACGGUAAUCGAUAUCUGCAUUAGAUGUUUAUCUAUGGAUCCAAUGGAGAGACCUUCGAUCGAGGAUGUGCUUUGGAACUUGCAGUUUGCUUCUCAAGUCCACGAUGGCUGGAAGCAAAGCUCUACAAGCAGCGAUGAACCACCACUAAACGAGCCGCAUAUGUAAGUAGUUGAAAAU